CCAAACACUACUAGUAUGGUGACAUGGACAAGCUCCAACUCGCGCCUCUGCUACUCAUUCCCCUUAUAGCCUACCUGCUCUACCGCCGAGUGCAAGCCAGAAGUGCAACAUGGACCGCCAAUCAUCUCAAGGAAUGACACAGAGCUAGACACACGGAUAUUGCAGUACCUUGGACACAGAUACCAUCAUGGCCGCCUCCUCCUCAUUCUCCUGGCGCCGCAAACUUCAAUCCAUCUUCCUCCCUAUGCAACUCAUCAUCUGCGGCUCCAUCUUCGUCAAUGACAACUCGCUCGAAAUCCUCGCCAUCUCCGGCGCCUCUAUGCAACCCACCCUCUCGCCCAACUACCGCGUAGACGGCACGCGCGAUUACGUCUACUUCAACAAGUGGAAACCACUCCGCCACCUCCAACGCGGAGAUGUCGUCUUCUUCAACGCCCCGCAUAAACCCGACACGCUGAGUGUGAAACGCGUCGUGGCCCUAGCAGGAGACACGGUGUUACUCGACACGAAGCGGAGGCCGGACGAUGUAUUGAAUGGGGCGGUAAAUGAGGCGGCGAGGAAGUGGGAUGUGGUGUUCCAGCGGGCAAACGGGAGGGUGGUGGUUCCUGAGGGACAUGUCUGGGUGGAAGGGGAUAAUUGGCGCAGUUCGAAUGAUAGUAAUGCCUAUGGCCCCAUUUCUCGCAGUUUGAUUCUGGGCACCGCCACGUGUUUAGUGUGGCCGUUGGGGGAAUUUGGGAAGCGGCCAUGGGAGACGUGGACUGGAAGGAGGACAAAGGUUGUUGCUGCGAAGGAUGGGAUGAACAUGGACACUGAGGGGGAGUGGUGGCAGUCGCAUUGACAUGUGUGUGCCAGCAGCUUAAGACUUAAUGGAAAUGCUAUGCUUCCAUUCAGCUAUAACGUGCAGAAAAAGGCCAGAAGGGCAGGACUUGGAGAAGCAUACAAGACUUGCAUGUAUGGUUUGUUCACAUUACUGGCAUCACGAUGCAUAGACGUCGCACGAAACCACCUUCUUCGCGAACUGCACUCAUAUCCGAUUCUCUGUCCUUUGGCGUAUUCCCCGUCACUCUCGGACUACCUCGCUCGCCUUCGAAGAACCAUUCCAGGGUUGCUUAGGUUCCAUCUCUCGCGUUGGUUGCUCGGCAUCUGAGCGGUAGUCGGAGCAUAAGUCCACGCUGGUCCCCCUUGGACUGCACCUGCAGCUAUGCUCUUCUCUCUUGCCGCGAUCCAUCGCAUACUACUCCGUUAGUGCCGGGGAUGCGACCGAAACCUGCACCUAUCCGUCCACUUGCAUGAGCUCCUCCUGGUCCGUCUCCGACACAGCGGCUGUAGGUUCGACUGCCGCUUUCGAACGCGCCAAUAGCUCGGCAUUCAUCGCGUCCUUCACUUCCUCCUCACCCUCCAUGUGGAGUUCUUUUUUCAGCGGACUCGAUCUCGGCGGCUGCCACUUCCUCUCCGGCCGUGAUAACGGCUUUCCAUCCCACGGCUCAUCACGAGGUACAGCCGCUUGAAUAGCCAUCCUCGCCCGACCAAACCGCUCAUACACAGCCACCGUAGGCUCUCCGCGUCUCAAGGCAUCUUGUCGUGCGUGAGAACGUUCCUUGAACAACGUUUUCAUGACGUCUCCCUUCAAGCAUAUGUCGCACAUCUCUUUGGAAUUGAUGGCGAUAUCAUCGUACGAGCUCCCCUGGCAUUGACCCGUCUUGUUGCGGCAGCUGCUGAGUCUAUGUCGGGACAUGCAGCCGCAUCUGUAGGUCCGGGUCUGUGAUUUGCACAUGUCUUUGUGAGGUUCGCCUUGGUGGUUGCGAAGCUUCUCCGUUCUUGUUUGCUGAUUGAAUUGCAGAUGGGAGUCGAGUGGAGUAGCGUGGUUAAUGUCACGAUGAAAGAGAGCGUUGCAGACAACAAGUUUGGGGGGAUAGGAAGAAUAUAUGGAAAGAGGCAGUCACGAAGCUGGACCGAACCGGCUUUCCCAAUUUCUCUCUACCUCGAAAAGAUUUCCUCACCAAAACUUAUUAUUGUGUGCGUGCUACACUCGGACCCAAUACGGCGAAGAUGCAUCCUUUCCUGCUCACAAUCUCGGUAGCUAGGUAGACUUGAUCGAUGAAGAUCAAGAUUUCCUAUUCGGGAUGCCACAACGGCGGCGCACUUUCCCACCAUCUUCACUAUACGCAUACGUUGCAAUUGAAGAGUGGCGGCGCAUCGGUAGCGGUGUAGGCUUCUGCGCCUGACAACAAGAAUGAAGACCUCUCUUCCCAUGGUAACAACAGUUUUUACGGCAGCAGCAGUCCGAAUGCUACCUAUAUUCGGCUUGCGCCAACGGCUCCUGUCAUGAAAUGCUAAAGUCGUUCCUGCUAACCUUCCC